AUGCGGGGCUCUUUACCGACAAUGCUCUGGCAGGACGGUAUCGAGCUCUCUGGCGGAGACGACGACGAGACAUACCGCCCCGGCGAUAUCGUCCUUCCCGAUGGACACCUGGACUCAGGCAGCAGGCACGGCAGCAGCGUGCGGGUGGACCCGGGGUCCGAGGGAGAGGCACGGCAGCAGCGUGCGGGUGGACCCGGGGUCCGAGGGAGAGGUGAGGCGACACCCGCCCGUUCCUCUGGCAACACCAACUCUCGGAAGCACAAGAAAUCCAAAACGGGUUCCGACGACAGGGCGGAGCUGGUAGCCGACACGAAGGAAGUGAUCGCCGUGUGGCGCAAAGCAGCGGAGCAGGAAGUACGGGGAGACGAACCUUCUUUCGGUGAUAUAGAGGAGGACCGAGCAAAGUACUUUGCCAUGGAGGGAUUCAUCGACGAUGUUAAGAGGCUCCAAACAAAGGUCGAUUCUGCAUCAUCGAACUUUUUGCGGGAGAAUAUCAAAAGUUGUUAGAUGCCGCUGAAGCGCGAGGGGCACGGGCUGAGCAGAGCAGCGACGAGGCGGCUGUGGCAUCAUCGAGCGCCGCAGCCGCGCCCCCCACCGUCUCGAGUCCUGCCGCACCAUCUAAACGCCUGCAGCGGUCGAAGGACGGACGGUAGCGGGCGAUGUGAUGUAGGAUCUCCAUGGGCUUCCGGAGCGCACGCCCGUGGAUGAUUUGCCGGCGAUGGCACAGGCCUUGGCGCGUACAGGCGACGGGGGUGGAGCUUGAGUACUGGUUGCGCGGGCGAGAGGCGGGAAUGGAUGGUGGGGGAACACAGUCUUUGGUGGGAGCACCCUGGCUGGAAACCUGCGGGCGAUUGCGCGGGUGUUGCUGUAACAGUGCACACGGGGGCGCAGGAGCUGUGGGGCGUGUGUGUUUCGGAGUGAGCGGCAACAGCAGGACGAUAACAGAACGUAAGCGCACGUGUUGAAAGCUCCCCGAGCCGUGAGGGAUGCUGUGUUUUUGAAGUUUCAAACGUGGGGGGAGCCUUUGAUCUAUGUUCUACGCAAAGGCGUUGCCCGACAUGGGGGUUGCGCGGGGGUGAACCGUUCAGUAAACGCAACACCACUCUCCAACCUCACUUUUGUUUUUCAUUAUCUACUCAUUUUCGAAUUGUGGAGAGGGAUGUACCAGAGCAAGAAAUCUUGGGGGGGAAAUACCUGCCCGGAUAUGGUGAAGAGUCACUUCGCUUGGAAGUUGCUUCGUAGCUACUAGAUACAGAUGUUCCCACUUAAUUAGUUAUUCCACGGGGGGAUCAAGGAGUUGGCUUUCCCGACCGAUUUUUUUUUUGCCGUCUGUGGGGUGGGUGGAAACUACUGCUGUACGUGGGCACGAAAGAAGAGGCCUUUUUUGAGACUGCUGUUGACCUGGCCAAGUGCUGAACAACCCACAUAGCUCGUCUGACUACCACACAUGAUUUUGUUCAGAUUGAUUUCAUAAGGUCCGCGAACUCCUGCCAACCAUGGCAUUGGCAGGUGAUGCAUGUUUUAUUUAUGAGUUUGAGGUGCGAAGGUUCUUGUCGCGGCAAGCGACGAGACUCCUUCCCCCUUUUGGCGAGGAUAUCGCACAUGCGAUGAAAUACUCGGAGUGUUUCCGGAAAUAUUGUAACUCCCUCCGACCCCUUCAGAUUUGGCUAAACAGCAGCGAGAAGUGGAGCUACAGCAUUAUGACGGGGCAUUGCGAUGCUUUCACGCACGUCGGGUCUGCCCUCGAAGGAGGACAUUUGUUUGGUUGUUCUCAUGUUCGGUUCAAGGUUCUGCGGAUCCUCAUAUUUAUUCCAGACGUUCAACAUCGUGACAUCUCGUUUUGGAAUGACGGAUGCGUCAAAAUGACGGCAGUUCCGUCGUAGAGGAUCAUAUUGUCACCGAGACCUUGCUUGUGCUCUGCCGUGGGUGGAAAGCCCUGUGAGAGCCUGUUCUUCUAAGCGUGUGUGUUUAUUUAUUUUUUACGGACACCAGAGAGAUUUGAUGUCCGAGAAUAGCUUGGACUUAG